UUGGCGCACGCGAUUGAGGCGGCGCACUCCGGAGAAACGCGGCAAGCGGUAAACGAGCGAGCGUCUGUCUGCUGAGGGGCAGUCAUGUUUCUCCAGUAUUACCUCAACGAGCAGGGCGAUCGCGUCUAUACGCUGAAGAAAUUUGACCCUAUGGGACAACAGACUUGCUCCGCCCAUCCUGCUCGGUUCUCCCCAGAUGACAAAUACUCAAGACACCGAAUCACCAUCAAGAAACGCUUCAAGGUGCUCAUGACCCAGCAACCGCGUCCUGUCCUCUGAGGGCUCGUUGGUCUCUUGUGCUGCUCGUCCCUCGGCCGAUUCUCAGCAACCAAACACGUCAAUCUGUAAGCCUUGAAGCCUUCCCAUGCUGCUUGGAAUCCUAUCUCACUCGCUUGAUGAAUGAGUCUAAACUGAUGGUCCUCGCCCGUAAAAGGAACAAUUUUUUUUUUCAUGUUUUGACUUACUGCCAGGUUAUUAAACAUACAAUGACUUGA